AUGGCUCUAUCUAGCUUUCUCAAAAAGUGUGCAGCAACCUCAAUGAAGUCAAUAAUUAUGUUUUAUGCUCCUUGGUGUGGGUAUUGUAAAAUAUUGAAACCUGAAUAUUCCGAUGCAGCUUUAGACUUAAAGGGCGAAGCAAUGCUGGCAGCAAUUGAUGUAUCUAAACCUCAGAAUUCAAAACUUCGUUAUGAAUACAACAUUACAGGAUUCCCCACUUUGUUAUACUUUGUAAAAGGCAAUUAUCGUAUGGUGUACAAUGGGGAAAACAAGCGCGAUGCGUUAGUGAGGUUCAUUCGAGACCCGAGUAGUGUACAGGAGAUGAAGAAAGAAACGCCAAAAUCCUGGGACUUGGAUACCGAUCUACUACACUUGACAGCGGAAAGCUUUGAUUCGACAUUGAAACAUGUCAACAACGCACUGGUAGUGUUCUACGCACCUUGGUGUGGUCAUUGCAAGAACUUGAAGCCGAAUCUCAUUAAAGCUGAAGAAAGUCUGAGGACGCAACAGGUUGCUGGUAUGAUCGCUGUUGUUGAUGUGACGUCAGAGAAGGGUUUGGGGUCUAGGUUCAAUGUUAAGGGAUAUCCGUCUAUUAAGUAUUUUAAUAACGGUGAAUACAAAUAUGACGUGAACUUCCGCACUGAUGACAAAAUUGUUGAAUUUAUGAAGAACCCUCAAGAACCGGUCCCCACACCACCAGAAAAACCAUGGUCUGAAGAAGAGACAUCAGUGCGUCACCUCUCAUCAAACAACUUUAAACGCUCGCUUAAGAAGGCGGCACACGCGAUAGUCAUGUUCUAUGCUCCAUGGUGCGGUCACUGUAAAUCGACUAAACCGGAAUUCGUAAAGGCCGCUGACACAUUCGCGGAUGACCUGAUGGUUCUGUUUGGGGCCGUUGACUGUACGGUUGAGGAAGACAUUUGCGCUAAUUACAAAGUGAAGGGUUAUCCCACAUUUAAAUACUUUAAUCAUUAUGAGCGAGUUGAAGAUUAUAGUGGCGGGAGAAAGAGUGACGAUUUCGUAAAGCACAUACAUACACAAAUAGAUGGUCAGAAGCAAGAGCAGGGCAGGAAGAGUCAUACCGUGACCGGGUUUGGGAUAAAUGUGGUGCAAGCAAAUGAUGCAAAUUUUGAAGAUAUUCUAUCAGAUUCAGUUCCUAGUUUUGUUAUGUAUCAUGCUCAGUGGUGCGGUCACUGUAACGAGAUCAAACCGUCAUUUAGCCGCUUAGCAACGAAACUGAAAAGCGAGAAUGCUAAAAUAAAAAUAGUAGCCAUUGAUGUGACUGAUAAUCCAAAGGCGACAGAAUUUGGAGGUAUUAAAACGUUGCCAACAUUAAAAAUGUAUGCCAAGUCAUCUGAAGUGUCUGUUUACGAAGGAGAUAGAUCUCAAGAUGAUAUGUAUAACUUCUGUAAGAGUUUGAAGGUGAAAGAUGAAUUGUGA